CUACGGGAGCCGGGGUGGGCCAGAAAGCGUUCCGGUUUGGCGCCGCCGGGGCUGGAGGGAAUGAAUGGACGCUGAGGUGGGGCGCGCCCGCUCCGGGGACCGGCCUUAGGCGAGUGAGCCGCCGCAGCAUGGAAGACGACGCGCCGGUGAUCUACGGCCUGGAGUUCCAGGCACGUGCUCUCACACCUCAAACGGCAGAAACAGAUGCCAUUCGGUUUCUGGUUGGGACGCAGUCUCUAAAAUAUGAUAAUCAGAUCCACAUCAUAGACUUUGAUGAUGAGAAUAACAUUAUAAAUAAAAAUGUGCUCCUCCAUCAAGCGGGUGAGAUCUGGCACAUUAGUGCCAGCCCUGCAGACAAGGGAGUGCUGGCCACCUGCUACAACAAGACUGCAGACGGCAAAGUCGUGACGUGCGCCGCGGUGUGGAGGAUGCCAGCGGAGCUGGAGCCGGGCAGCCACGAGUCCCCAGAGGACGCAGCGAGCCCUGCACACGCCCUGGAGCUGCUCUGUCACCUGGGUCCCGCGGCCCACGGCAGCACAGCCUGUGUCGCGUGGGAGCCCGCGGGAGACGGGAAGAGAGUCAUCUCGUUGGCUGACAACCACAUCCUGCUGUGGGAUUUGCAGGAAAGCUCCAGCCAGGCUGUGCUGGCCAGUUCGGCGUCCCUGGAAGGGAAGGGACAGCUGAAGUUCACGACGGGGCGGUGGAGCCCGCAUCACAGCUGCACCCAGGUGGCCACGGCGAACGACUCGGCUGUCCGAGGGUGGGACACGCGGACCAUGAGCCAAAUCUACUGCAUUGAGAGCGCACACGGCCAGCUGGUGCGGGACCUGGACUUCAACCCCAACAAGCAGUACUACCUGGCCAGCUGCGGGGAUGACUGCAGGGUGAAGUUCUGGGACACCCGCAACGUCACGGAACCCGUCAAGACGCUGGAGGAGCACUCCCACUGGGUGUGGGGCGUCCGAUACAACCACUCGCACGACCAGCUCGUCCUCACAGGCAGCAGUGACAGCAGGGUCAUCCUUUCCAACAUGGUGUCCAUCUCCUCUGAGCCCUUCGGCCACCUGGUGGACGACGACGACCUGAGCGAGCAGGAGGAGAGAGAGAGCCAUGAAAAGGGGAGAAAACCUCCCCAGGACAGCGUCAUCGCCACAUACGAGGAGCACGAGGACAGCGUGUAUGCUGUGGACUGGUCCUCGGCCGACCCCUGGCUCUUUGCCUCCCUGAGCUAUGACGGGAGGCUGGUCGUCAACAGGGUGCCCCGGGCGCUGAAGUACCACAUCCUGCUCUGA